GUUUUGAUACCAGUUGCUACAGUUAGAUUAAAGACUUGGUUACGAAAUGUAAGAAACCCUGCUAAAGUACAAUUUGAUAAUUUUAUAUUUUAUAAUCCUCGUCACGAUAGCUAUGAUGAUAGUGCUAAUAUUAAAAAUCUUAAAGAAAAAGACCAUGGUGGUGUAGGAAUAUAUUAUAGUAAAAAUAAAGCUUGUAAUAUAAUAAGAUUAGGACAAUUAAAUAUAGAACAUGUUGCUUGUAAUAUUCCAGAUAAAAAUGUUUCUGUAAUUGUUAUUUAUAGACCACCAAGAUAUAGAUUAGAAUUGUUUAUGCCUCAAUUAGAACGAUUGUUGACUGAGUUACAACAGUCUGGUUAUAAUUAUAUUGUUAUGGGAGAUUUCAAUCAAAAUCUAUUAGAAGGACCUAGUUCUAUUAAGGAUUGUUUUCAAGAAUUCAGGUUUAGACAGUGUGUGACAGAGAGUACAACAGAAGGCAAUACAAUAUUAGAUCAUGUUUAUAUGAGUUCAGAAACAGUUCAGAUAUAUUGUUGUAUUUUAAAGGAAAGAAAAUGGGUAGGGGAGACCAUUUACCUCUGUUGGGUGGGGGUGGGUAAUGAUGGGGGUUUGUCAACAUUUGAGGAAAUAUAUAUAACAUGUUGAGAAAACCUGAAAACUUAUAGUUUAUUUAGUUAUUGGGCCCGAAACAGAGGUAAAUGGUCAAACUUGCUCUAGUUACAUAAUAAAGCUAGGUACAGAUUAAGUUGAUUCAGUUAUUUGAUACUGUAUGUAGUUUAUUAAAACUCAUAUAAAUAGUUUUUAACUUUUUAAUUAUACUAAAGGAAUAGUUCACAUGAACCUAGAAUGUAGACAAAGAUUAAUAUUUUGGGUGGGGAAUAUGCAUCCAGUGUAUUUAGAUAAACAUCACAUGGAAUUGCAUCACUUAGGACAUAUCAAAAUCUUAUUAAAUGCUAAUGUUGAUAAUUAGUUUUGUGUUAUUUUUGUUCUAUUGUCAAGAGACAAUAGAACAAAAAGAACACAAAACUAUUGAGAAAGCUGUUAAGUUUAGUACUUGGCAUAUUUGACAAAUCUUAGGGUGUUUAGAAGAUAUUCUGCUAAAGAUGCACUAACUGCCUUACCAGGGACAUGUAACAUUAAGAUUAACAUUCUGUAAUAAAUUAGAUUAUUUGGAACUAUUCCUUUAUGUUAAUCGUAAUUCAAGUAUUUUGUUACUUCACUUAAAAUAUGCAAACAUUUUGAUUGUAGGGACCAUAUGAUAGGUUUCAAAAGAAAUGCUAAGUUAAAUAUGGUUUUUUAUUUUCUUUCAUUAUUUUGUUUUGAAACUAUUUGGAAAUGUAAUUUUAUAUUUGUAAAAUAUGUUAAAAUUCUCAUUUUAAAUACCAUAUUUGAUUUAAUUUCUUUUAAGGGAGUAAUAAAAACAGUAAUAUAAGUAAAAAUAAUACCAGUACUAAAAAUAAUAGUAAAUAUUACAGUUAAACUCUCUUUUUAGCUUCGAAGUGUUGCAUUUUUGUUUUGAUUUGUAAAUUGUAUAUUUAUAACUUGAUAUGUAUAAAUAUAACUUGAAUAAUUUUUUAAUUAACUGUUUUUGUUUAAUACUACUAUAUGUAAUGAUUAACAACACAAGUUAUAUAGAUAUACUAGUUUGUGUUUUAUUACAUACUACAUUUUGAAACACAUAUAGGUAAUGUUAUCAAGUAAAAAUCAUAUUGAUAACAUUACCUGUAUGUGCUUCAAAAUGUAGUAUGUAAUAAAACUAGGAGUAUAUCCAUAUAACUUGUGUUCUUAAUGUUUACCUUCCUGCUUCUAUAUAUCUUACAAAGAUUAUAUAUGUAAUUAUGUAGAGUAUUGUACUAG